AGUUGAGAUUAGGAUUAGAAAGUAGCAGAACCUCAACCCACUACACUACACGCGUUGCUAUCUAGUCACUGUCCACCCAACAGACCAACCAAUCCAACCACCGCGAUCAAUUCCCAACCAAACCCAAAACCCAAACCCAAAACCCACUUUCACUUCCCCCAACUCACAUUAUAACACCACUCACCACCACACAACAAAUUCCACAAAAUGACCACCACCUCCUCCUCCCUACAACUCACCGUUUCCUCACCUCCAAAGAAACCACAACCCAUCCCAUGGACCCACCAAGAAACCCUCAAUCUCAUCCGAGCCUACCAAGAAAAAUGGUACUCCCUCAAACGUGGCCCACUCCGCGGCAGUCAGUGGGAAGAAGUUGCCGUUGUCGUCGCCGCCCGAUGCGGUUACGAUUACAAUCACCCUUCUAAAACCGCCCUCCAAUGUCGUCACAAGAUGGAAAAACUCCGUCAACGCCACCGAUCCGAGAAGCACCGCCUCACCGCCACUUCCUCCGCUGCCUCUUCCCGAUCCUGGCAGUAUUUCCGUCUCAUGGACGAUCUCGAACGCGGUCCUCUCCCUAUCUCCGUUCGAGCUCUUCCUCACAACGAAUAUGAGAACAACAACUAUAGCGAUGGUGAGAGAGGAAAAAAUCAGAGUGUUAGGUCAAGGAGUAUUCAUAAUAUUCUUCACCAGAAACCCUCUGUAGCUAGACAGCGUGAUGAAAUUGACGAUGACGAGGAGGAGGAGGAAGAGGAAGAAGCGAUGGCGACGGAGUUGACGGCAGAGUUAAAAAGUUUUGCGGAGAGGAUAGUUGGAUUGGAAAAUAUGAAGAUGGAGAUGAUGAAGGAAACAGAGAGGUUUAGGUUAGAGAUGGAGAAUAAGAGGAUUCGUAUGAUAAUUGAAUCUCAGUGCAGGAUUAUUGAUUCCAUUGGAAGGGUAUUUGGAUCUUCCUAGAUUUUAGAUUACACUAUUAAUCAACCUUUUAUCUCUAAUUUGUGUCAAUGUUGUUACUAUAAUCAUAUGGGUUAUUUUAUCUCUCUAAUUUGUGUUAAUGUUGUUACUAUAAUCAUAAGGGUUAUUUUAGGUUAUAUGCCCUUAUUUGGCAGGUUUUUAUUGUAUCGUAGAUAAGCAUUUCAAGGAUUGUACUGUUUUUAUGAAUUUGCAAUUUUACAAUUACAUGGUUAA